GCUAAUCCUACCUAGUACAAAUAUUCGAACCAAAUACUAUUGUUAUUCUAAAUAAAGCAAAUUCGGUAGCCAUUAGCUACUACUAAUCCUACCUAGUACAAACAUUCGAACCAAAUAAAACGGACUUAAAAAAUCGUUGGUACUUAUUGAUUUGCCAUUGCUAAUCUCAACCAACCUCGUCCAAAUUUUUACUUGAGUUUUCUUUUUAAGUGGAUAUUCUUUUGAGUUUUGAGCAGGAUGGUUGCUCCGGACAAAAUGUUGUGUCUACAGCCGUGUGAAGUAAUGGCCUAGCCGUGCGAGUUUUGCCGAGAGCACACAUGGGCAGAGCAGAGGAUCGACACGGCCGUGUGAAGGAGUGGCCUGGCCGUGCGAGUUUUGCCGAGAGCAAACACGGGCAGAUGGAAGUGACACACGGCCGUGCCACUCUGGCCGUGUGAGAAGCCUGGAAUUCGACUAAGUGAUACGGUGCGUUUUGCCUCACACGGGCAACUGGGUAGGCCACACGGCCGUGUGGCCCUGCCCGUGUGAGUCGGGAUUUCCUGGUUUUAAGCCAAAUUCCGAACCAAAGAGGAGGAGAGCUGGGUUUUGGAUCCCAACACCCAAGGGACGAACCAAAGAGAGAGAGGGCGAUUUGAGGGCAUUCUUGGAGUGGAGUUGGAGGAUUUAUUCGCCUUGGAAGCUCGAGGAACAAGCCCGGACUUGAAGACUGAUCAUCUGAAGAUUCUUACUGCAGUCUCUCUCUUCUCUAUGGAGUAACUUCCCUUCACUUAGGUUUUGAGGAACCCUAGCUAUGUUUGUUUGAUUGGAUGAUUGUAUGAGUACUCUGACUUGAUAAUCUUGAGUUCAUAUUCAAUCUAUGCAUGUUUUCAUGAUUCAAUUCUGCUUUAGUCGAGAUUAUUGAUUCUGCUUUGAUCCUAUGAGAGGGAAUACCUGAUUAGGUCAAUAGAGCACCAUAGAUUGAUAGUAGUGGAUCGAUUGCUUUAGUCGAGGGUUGAUUCACUGCUUUGUAUCGAUUGAGAACCUCUUUCGAUAGAGGGAGUCUAGUUCAGAACGCCUUGAUCAGUUGUUCUAGAGAAGGAUACGUCCCUCUAGGCAAUUGACUCAAGAGGGCCUUGUUCCUUUAGUCGAGACUCAAGGUCUAGUCAAGGAUUCUCCGCAUUGUGAAUGAAAGUGAAACAGGUUAGAGAUCAUCAAUCAUUAAUCUGGCUAGUGGCUAGGGGGAAUCAUACCUAAGUGAGUUCCCAACCUGUAAUUAGAUUAACUUUAACUGUAGUUUGCUAGAGUAGUUUUAGUUCUUUCAUCUUAAUAUGAUUUGCUAAAUAAUAAACUGAAGCUGAGUAAUAGUAACUUUAGAGACCCGUGGAUUCGAUAUUUAUCACUUGAGCCACUAUAAUGCAGUCCCUUUCAUUGGUUACACUUGGCCUUUGUUAGGUGUUGUGUCGUAGCGAGUCAAGUUUUUGGCGCCGUUGCCGGGGACUUUCUAAAGUAUUAGGAAAGGCAGAAGUUUGUUACUUUAGCGUUUUUCGUUUCUUUUCUUUUCCACCCUUGCUUUUCACUUGGGUGUUUUUGUUUUUGUUGGUGCAGAUCUGAAUCAUGGAUCCUAAUGGCUUCUCCAAUCAUUGGGGGUAUCCACCACCAUCUGGGUGGUAUUACCCCGAGACUCCGUGGAGCAAUCAAGGCGGAGAAGACUAUGGAUUCGGGUUCCAGUACCAACCCCCUUACUACGGAGAACAACCGGACCCCUGGGCAUAUCAAGAACAACCUCAUUACCAAGUAGAAUUUCUCCCACAACCAGAAGGGCCAUUGGAGCUGGAGUUACCCAUGGCGGCCUUUACGGGCCAUUCAGCAGAGCCAUGCUACACUCCACAGCCAGAUCCACACUAUGAUUUGAGGCUUCUCAUGGAGAGAUCAUGCUCCAGUAUGGAUCAUUGUGUCCAGGCCUAUCGUGAAACAGAGGAGAUCCUCCUGAGCCUUAAGAAGAGCGUCGAUGAUCUUGAGCGAUCUUGGGCGCAACCUGCUCCAGAUCACCCUUCUGCUACCAUACAAGAAGAUGAGGAGGAGGAAGAAGGCUACAAGGACAUUGUGGAGCACACUGAAGUUGUCACGGAGAGCUCCCGUGAUGAUCAUGAUCAGGAGUGUCCUGUCGUAGCCGACCACACCUUCCCACACCCCAAACUGCGCUUUGAAGAGGCGGGCAUGAGUGAGGAGUUGCAAGAAGAUCUCAUGAAAGAAAUUGCUUGGCAACUUGCUCUCCAAUCCGUGCUAGAAGAAGAAGAGCAAGAAAGGGUGCAGAAAGAAGUUGUGGAGGAUGGAGAAAGUGAAGCUGGAGAAGUUCUUGAUCAUUUCCCAGGGGUGAUACCACAUGAAGAAGGAAGGGAGGUUAAAGAAGCAAUUGGCGUCCAGGCUGAGGACGGAGUUAAGGUGGAAGAGGCCUGCACUGGCCAUGAGUUACAUGUGAUAUCUCCACCAAACUUCGAGGAACUUCUUAGCAAGGACCCAUUUGCAGUGUCUCUUUGCCAGACCAAGGCCACCUCGACAUCGGUCCCUCUUGGUGGACGCGAUGGUGGCCAAUCGAUACUGUCAUAUCUGGUUUGGGGCAAUGAGACGAGAGAAGAGAAGGAGAGGUCUCGAGGGUGGAGACUUCGUCUGCAUCAAGUACAUGAGCCUUCAUCACCUGCCACACCACAUGCUCGUGACUUGAGACUCCAACUCAUCGACGAGAACCUCAACUUCAAGGAGGUUCUAGCAUGGACCGAAACUUAGGAGCCAUCGUCCGGCUCACGACGUGAAAGAAGCGCUUGUUGGGAGGCAACCCAACCAGUCGGUUUGCAUUUCUGUCUCUAUUUCUCCUCGGUUGAGUCAGUUUUGCUAUUUGAUUUUAGAGUCAAUAACUCAACCUUUGUGAGAUUUUGUGUGGUGUUUGUGUUCUGAUUACUCUCUCUUUCUGGAUGGCACCGCCUGACCCGUUCAUCAUCAUUCACCCUUGAUCUGGUAACUUCGUUCUACCCUCCUUAUCUUUCCUCCAUUGAGGACAAUGUCGUGCUUAAGUGUGGGGGGAUGUUCGAUUAUGUAUGCGGGUGAAUGUUUGGCUGUUUGUGUGCUUGGAGCCUAGUCCACUGUCCAAAUUUUUAAAUUUGAGGGCUCCAAGUACGUGUUUCCAUGCAAUUGCCUGCUCAGUAUGCUUUGAAUUGACAGUCUUUAUAGUAAUAUGCAACCUAGGGAGGUAGUGUAACACUAUGGAGGAUGUUGAUGCAUUUAAGAAGUCUCAUUUCUUCUUCAUAUUGAGUUGGUUGAUUGAGUGAAUUAGUGAUCUUAGGACCCUUGAAUUGUGUGGUGUUGUGGAUUCUCUGCCUGUCAUGGACUCUUGUAUCAUGUUUUAAGUUUAACAGGUGCUCGAAAAUGUGCUUCAAAAUAACGUCUCCCGUGCGAA